GACCGCCCCGGGGAAUUUAGCGCCCACCCAGUUUGGUUUACGCGCAACUUCAAGCUGUAUCUGCCGACGGAUUACUGCUGCCUGCCUGCGCCGGUGGUGAAUGCCGAGCUCACUGUCGAUCCAUCGCUGUCGAACGCCGGCCGCACCCGCUGCCAAGACAGCCACGGCCCCACGGUGGAGUUCAAAACCAACUGCGCGGCAACCGGCCCCGUCGGCGGUGUUCUAGGAGGAGCGGCAUCGAGCGUACCGGGCAGCGGUGCGGGCGGCAUCGGCGGUCUUGGUUGCCUCGGCGGCGGUGGAGGCGUCAGUGGAGCGGGACCGGACGGAGUAGCAGCGAACGGGACACCGCUCGGGCUCAGCCCGACCAGUGCGGCGGACUCGCAGCAGUUCAACAUCUUUCCGGCCAUCUUUAGCCGGCAGCUAAACUUCAACACCGCCACCGCCGGGUCCUGCAGCCAGUCGAAGCUGAUGGACGAUCUGCGGCCGAACCUGGUCGGCGGUCUGCUCGGCCUGCAGCAGGGCCUUCUGGACGAUCAUGCGGCCCUCGCGCACGGCGGCAACCUGGCCGCCCAGCACAAUGCCGGCCAGGACAGCAAGUUCAUGGCGCUGCAGGACAACCGGCUGAUGGGCAUCGGGGCGCACGAGAACCGGCUGCUCGGGCUGGGCGGCCAGGACCACGGCCGGGGCGGUCUCGGCGGCCCGGGCGGCGGUGCGAACGGGGACAAGUCCCUCGGUCAGCAUCGGAAGUGUAGCAGCACACCGGAGGACUUCAGCGCACUGUACGGGGGACUGUCCGGUACGCCCAUCAGUGACCAUCACCAUCACCACACGCCAGCCCACACCCCUCCGAACCGGCUGUCGGACAAUGGGUCCGUUACGGCGGAAGGUGCAUUUAAAAAACUAAAACCCGAACCAAACAGCGGCCCGCUCGGUUCCUCCGUCCCGGGUGGCAUUUCGUCCCCCGGAAGCGGCAUCUCAGGGUUGCCCCAGCAUGCUGGCCACACGCCCACCACAGCAUCCUGCCCGACACCGGCCCGAAGGCGACACCGAACUACCUUCACUCAGGAACAAUUAGCAGAAUUAGAGGCGGCCUUUGCGAAAUCACACUAUCCGGAUAUCUACUGCCGGGAGGAGCUAGCGCGUACCACUAAGCUGAACGAAGCCAGGAUACAGGUUUGGUUUCAGAAUCGAAGAGCAAAGUACCGAAAGCAGGAGAAGCAGCUACAGAAGGCGCUCGCCCCCUCGGUCAUACCGUCCUGCAAUGGCAUGAUGCGCAACAUCCAGGGCUACAGCGUUUCGAGAGGUUAUCAACCGUAUCCACAUCCAAAUUCAAUCAACCGGUAUCCCCAGGACCUGUUCCAAAUGGGAGCCUCAUCCUAUCCGGGCAUGACGCAGCCAUUCUCGAUGACGCACGGUUCCAAUAUGGGUGCCGUUGGCGUUCGCCAGGACUCGAUGGGUAACUCGUGGCACGGAAUGACGGCCGAGGACGAAUGGUACAACAAAAGCUUAUCGGCACUGCGAAUGAACAGCUCCCAUCAUCCGAAUCUGUCCGCACCGAUGCUGCAAUACCAAACAUAAUUAAUGUAGAUCAAAUGAAUACCAAACAGUAGAACACACCCACACGCACACACCCACACACAUCCAGCCACAAACUUCCGCUCUGCGUUGCGUCGAGCCAUCAAACCCCUCCCACCCAUAAGGAAAGGACAACAGCACAUCGGAACCAGGCGGGAUGGUGGUGGGUGCAUCGGAAACCUGCCCCGUUUAACCGAGUGUCAUCAUGCUGCAACGAGCAGCGAAAAUGCAUCGAACUGCAACGGGACAAUGCAGUCGCUCACCAGCCCACCAUUCUUGCCUAAACCCCAUCAUUCCCGGGGCUCGAGUUUUGUGGGUAAGCCCCCAGCGACAUGUUGCCGAACGCCAUCUACCCUUCCUCAUUCGCCAGCACCUAACGUCGACACACACAUCACUCAGGGCCCACAGCCCGGAAAUGGCCAUUAUUUUUCUGGCUCACCCUUUGCUGCGUCCUGUCAACACUGCUCCUUGUAAAAAAGGGAUUUCGAUUCACUUUUAUGUUUCAUUGUUAUUGGUGAUGGAGAUUUUCCAUCAUCAGGCUACGCGCCCACCCCCACACACAUUUUGCCUAUUAUUGACCAAUGAACGUUAAACAGAACGAGAGACACAGAAAGAAAGCGAGCGAGAGAGAGAAAAAGGGGGAAAAAACUCCGGAAAACCGUUUAGUGUCCCGGCUGGUCGGAAAAUGCUAAUUUGAUUUAAUUUAUUGCGUGCGGCAUCGAAACAGCACACGCUUGUGCGUCUCGGUGUGCGUAUAGAAAGGAUGUGAGAAAAAAAGCACAACAAAAGCCUAUCAACUCUGCAAUUGUUGGUGGCGUUCAUCGUGCGUGUAAAGUUUUUGCGCAAUAAAACUCACCAUAAUUGGCGCUCAUCACAUGCCGUCAACGGCCGACUUGGAUAGAAGUGGGGAUCUGGUUUUAGGCACUACCACAAUGAAAAAGACACCAUGACUGCGGUCGGUUGACAGCGGAAAAGGCACAACUAUCGCAUACUAUCGUCUAAUGCACCUAAUGAAAAAUCAAAACUAACUUCCCGGUUCACACUGCGGGGAUGCAACAGGAACAGGAGGGAACCUGGCAAGACAAGCAGACAAGGAAUGAUGGCGGUACGUUGCACGUUGUCCCGUGUUCACCUCAGUCAUUCCACUUUUCAUCCGUACCUCAUCAUCCAAAAAGAAGAAAAGUGAAAGGUGGUGGUCAUUUUCUAACCUAAGCAAUUCAUUCAUAAACCAGAAUACACACAAAAAAGGUCAAAAAGGAGGGAUUUAAAGAAAAUGAUCUUCACUCGGCGGAAAGGGGAAAACAGCACAGGCCCAAAAGCGCAACAAAUCAAUAGACCCUUCCGAUUUGCUAUCCGAACGUUUGCCCCACAGACCACAGGGCCCAUCGUUCGAUCUAAGCGCGUAUGAAAAUGAAAACAUAGCUAAAUUAUUUUAUUUAACACAGUGCACGAAAAUUAAUGCAGCAAGCAGGUAUGCGCGUGCCACGUGCCAAGCAGUACCGCGAAGAAAAACACUACCAGCGAUCUAGUUGACCGUGAUGUUGCGUGGCGGUGGUUGCCAUGGAUAUUACGGUGUUGGAAGGGUUGGACUGGAUUGACUGGUAGGAAGGAAACAGUGUGGUAUGUGUGUCACCUUCGAGCACACUGCAUUCCCGCACACACACAGCACAUACAAUCUGCCAAUGCUGCAACCAUACUUGUACAUAGAACAAUAACGAGUAGUAAGAAAUAUUGCGGAAAGGAGAAGAAAGAAAUUCCACGAAUACUAUAAACCAGGGCUGCGCUGCUGCUACAAUCUAAUACCAGCUGCUGCUAGUAUUGUAAUGCUCAGUAUAACUAAUGGGAAAUAUGUGGGAAUAGCGGGAUAAGCAAAGCACAAAGCAUGAGCAAUGAGCAACACAAAUCCAAAAGCACCCCAAGCCAGCAUGGGGAUAGGCACGGCGGCAAAGAUAGAGAGAGAGAGCGAAGGGGGAAAAAAACACACACACACACACAAAACAUUCCAGAAAAGCGUUUGAAUUUUAUGUAGAUGUAAAUAUUAUAAGGAUACAUUAAAAUUAAUACAAUCGUCAAGUAAAACGCGCUUCGUUGCGUUGUCUGUGAGAAACGAACCCUACCUGCGCUGAAGAUAUGCAAUCCGCAGCGCUAAAGCUUCUUAUUGCCGUUCGAUGAAGCCGUUACUCUAUGUGUGGUUUGGUGGCAAAAUUAUAAGGUAGGUAUUUUUUGUAUCAUUUUACAGGGUUCUAUGGGUUUGAGUAGGUUUUAGAAAGAUUUUCAAAUGUUUAGAAAAAAGCCUUAAUUUUUUUCCCUUAUUCUGAUUAAAUUUGUCCCACGAUGAUUAGGCCUCAUCGGCUCGAGUUGGAAAGAAAAAUUUAAAAAAUGGAAAAAAGUCAAAACAUCGAGCCGAUCCGAUUCAAAAAUAUAUGAAAAACAGUAAAUAAAUCGUGAGACUAAAUUAAAACAAUUCGACAAAAACGUCCCAACACACUUUCGGAUGCAUUUGUGCAAUUGCAACUGCCACGUCGUCACCCGGCCACCCGGAUGCGUGUUGAAUUGGUUAUUGAUUUUUAUUCUCUGCACUAAACCGGUUGUUGUUUUGUUUUGUUUCGCUUAGUUAAAUAUUUAUCGAUAGCAUUCAUUCAUAGUCGCAUAAUGAAACGUUAUAAAAUCGCACCUCCUGUGUGCCUCUUAACGAUCAAACCUGUUGCUGUUACUUUGUCUCUCCUGUCUGUCGUACCCCUUUACUUCUGUGCACGUGUUAUCUGCUUGGAUGUGUCCUGAUCAUCGUCGUUAUCAUUUCAAAACUGAACAUUGCUCCUCUCUUUCUCUCUCGUGCUAGGGCGUAGCUAGUGAGUGUGUUUGGCUCUCCAAUAUGCUCUACUACAUUAUCGCUAUACAAAGGGUUUAAAAGAAAACACUGCAUAUCUCACUGUUUUCGUUUUUCUUCUGUAUUACGCUCCACUGCCACGUUCUACCUACUGAGUAGGGCCGAUCGUUGUUGCUUUUUCUGUCCUUUUCUCUGUUUUAUUACAUUGUCAUUUGCGUUUCAGCAGCAGUAACAGCAUCCCACACGCUCCUGAACCCCUCUUCCUGUCGCUUCCAAGAAGAGGCACUUCUCACAAGCCUGCAUAUGUAUCUGCUGCUUCGGCCUAGCUCUAGUUAGUUUUUUUGAUUUUUUUUAAAUCAUUCCUACACACAGGACGAAUGUGUCUCUCCGAUGGCAUUUUUAUAGCAAUGCUACGUAUGUGUAUACAUAUAGAUGUGUGUAUGUGUGUAAAGAUGUGGACGUGUAAAAAGAAUCAAGGAUAAGCUUGACCAACCCGCGACAAUCAAAACAAGGCCCAAAAAGGGGGGAACGAAUCAAUAGUCACUUGCCAAUAGUGUCGCCGAUAUGUGAAGCCUCAACUGACCGGUGCGGAGCAGCGAAAUAAAGCUAACCCUAGGCCUACUACCAUCGUUGAUGAUCAAAAUUGGAACCCAAGCAUCUAACAUUCAAGUGGUGGCCCUUACAGGCGAACACAUUGCUAUUUUGCUGUUACUUCGUGUGUAAGCGCGUCUUUUUGUUUCAGUUUUUAUUCAAACAUGCAUUUCGAUCAGUGCUUUUUCCGAGUUUUUGAGUGCAUGAAUUAUUCUGUUUUAAAUGACCGAAGGAGAAAAAAGAAGAAGCAUUAACUUGUCUCCUGCUCAUGGCCUGCGGUGGCGCGCACACGCGCGUUCACCGGCAGUCGAACCGUAAACUGUUCGACAACAAUAAUUCCUAGGUCUUAAAAAGGCAUACUUAUAUGAAAAUACGUAAUCUUUCUUUUCGUCCAGUUUCCCAUUUUCCAUUUUCGCUCCGCCAGCAGGCAAACGAUAUGCAUAUUAAGGCCGGGCUACAUUGGUCGUACUCGCAAGUGUAAUUUUUAUUUUCACUAGCGCAUCUGGCGACGACCAGCGCAAGCUAGAUGUCGGUAUAAUUUAUGUGUCAAAAUUAUUCAUACUUGGUGUCUCAUCAAGUUUCGAGCAGGCUACUUGUAUGCCGUAUGAAAUGUUUAUAAACGUCCAUAAAUUGCAACAAAAUAGGCCGUUAAUUGUUGUUGGUGGAUAAAUCGUCAUUCAUACAAAGCGCUAGGCAACAUUUUUCCCCAUCUUCCAACAUCUUUCCAUCAUUGGGUAAAAUUAUAGCCUCCUGGACCCAAAACACUUUUUGACAGAUAAAUUAUACCAGCCUCUAGCUUCGACCCGCCGCCGCUAGAUGGCGUACGCGUUCACAAAAAUUACAAUCAGGAGUACGAUCAAUGUAGCCCGGCCUUUAUAAUGAGGGCGGUGAGCUUCACAAACUUCAAACCCGAAACAGUACAUUCGUCUGCGUAUAUCAACGUAUCAAAACUUUGGCAAAAGUGCAUACCGAUGCGAAAAGAUAACCGCGCACUGAAAUGGAUGGG